AUGGACGUGUACAGCAACAUCCUGUAUGUCAAGGAGGAAAGCGCAGCGCUGAGCCACCUGGCACACAGCACGGCGCUGAACGACAAGUACCGCACCGAGACCUGCUGCAUCAUCGGCAACUACCACUCGCUCAAGGGCCAGCACGAGCGCGCGGCGCAGUACUUCCGCCGCGCGCUGAAGCUGAACCCCAACUGCCUAUCCGCCUGGACGCUGAUGGGGCACGAAUAUGUGGAGCUGAAGAACCCGCCCGCUGCCAUCGAGGCGUACCGGCGGGCGGUGGAUGUCAACCCACGUGACUACCGGGCCUGGUACGGCCUGGGACAGACGUACGAGCUUGUGGACAUGCCCUACCAUGCGCUCUACUACUUCAAGAGGGCCGUCUUCCUGCGACCCCGGGACGCGCGCAUGUGGAACGCCAUGGGCCACUGCUUCCAGGCGGGGGGCGAGGCAGAGUACGGACUGGCCAUCCGGUGCCACAUGCGGGCACUGCCCCACGAUAAAGAAGGCGUGUCGCUGCAUGAGCUGGCAAAGCUGCAUGCCCGCCUGGGUCAAAGGGCCCAAGCCGCGCACUACCACCGCCUGGUGCUGGAACGGAUGGAUGCCGAGGGGCUGGAGGGCCAGGAUGCAGUGGAGGCCCUCACCUACCUCGCCGAUUGCUAUGAGGCCGAGGGGGACACCACGGCGGCGGAGGCCUGCCUCACGCGCCUGCUGGAGUACGGCGCCCACAGCAAGGAGAGCGCCAGGUCAGCCAUGGACCAGCUGCGCUGCGCGCUGGGCAGCGCAGCGACCCCGGUGCGCCCCGACACGCCCCCCUCUCGAUGA